AUGAUCAUGGUGGGGGAUUUCAACUACUUUCCUGACCGGGGCAUCUACGUAGACGAGGAGACAGAUCACCUGUGGGCGCACCUCUUCUUCCUCGGAGGCCCGAAGUGGCGGUCUCUGCGCCAGCAGCUGACGCCCACCUUCACCUCGGGAAAAAUGCGCGCCAUGUUCGGAAUAGUGCGCGACUGUGCUCGUAUUAUGGUUGACGUCAUACACUCGGGCAGAGAUGUGGAAGUCCGCGAGCUGAUUGCCCGCUACUCUACUGACGUCAUCGCUUCCUGCGCCUUGGGCAUCGACGUCGACAGUCAGCACAAUCCCGAGGCGGAGUUUCGGCAGUGGAGGUGGCGCUUCUUCCAGACAUCCCUGCGCUCUUACCUGACUCUGUCUCUGGGAUUGGCUAAUCCCUAUCUGCGCACCCUGCUGCCUUUACCCUUCACACCGAAGGAUAUCACAGAGUACUUCACGCGCGUUGUUGAUGACACAGUCAAACACCGAGAGAAGACAGGCAUCAUCAGGAAGGACUUCAUGCAGUUGAUGAUUCAGUUGAAGAACAAUGGAUAUGUUGAUGACAGCUUCUCAGUCACAGGGAAGAAGGGUGCUGAACAUGGAAAUAAGACUAUGACGACCAAAGAGAUGGCAGCACAGGCGUGGGUGUUCUUUCUCGGGGGGUUCGAGACUUUUCCCACCACCGUAAGCUUCUGCCUGUACGAGCUCUCUAGACAUCCGGAUAUCCAGAAGAAACUGCAAGAAGAAGUUGAUGACGUAAUGAGAAAGACCAACGGUGAUGUGACGUAUGAUGAUAUAAUGACCAAGAUACCAUACAUGGAAAAGAUGGUAAACGUUCUGAAUCGCGAGGUGGCGCAGGAUUAUAAACUGCCAGGAUGUGACUGUGCCUUGGAGAGAGGAACGAAGGUUAUUAUUCCAGUCAUGGGACUCCAUUAUGACAGGAAGUACUUUCGAAACCCCGAAGAAUUCGACCCGGAGCACUUUUCCGACGAGCAGAAUUAUCCAGGCAUCCAUACAGCUAUCUGCCUUUCGGCGAAGGGCCACGCAUAUGCAUCGAUUGUUGAUAGUGACAAAAUUCCUACUGAUACAGUUGGUCUCACAACAGAUGUCACCGUUUCUGUACUGUGCGUAGUGUUCAUCAACAUUGAUAUCACUGUCAAGUUGGCUCUGACCAUGCUGUGUUUCUACAACUGA